UGAAGCAUACCAAUCCAAGGUGCACUAGGAGAACUUCUUCUCGUCCCAGUCAACAAUCAUGGCCAAAACCUAGAGGCUAGAGUUUCCUAUGGCCCUGGCCCACAAAUCUGAAAGCCUCAAUUAGCGCGCACAAAAAUCAAACUUGAAAUCAGAAGAAUCCCCAAACCGCUCUUUCAUUUCAUAUUCCCAGUUCUCUCUCUCUCCCUUCAAACAUCGAUGUCGUCGUCGCGCGAUGAGUUCGUAUACAUGGCGAAGCUUGCGGAGCAAGCUGAGCGGUACGAGGAGAUGGUAGAUUUUAUGGAGAAGGUCGUAACCGCCGCGGACGGCGGCGAGGAACUCACUAUCGAAGAACGUAAUCUUCUAUCCGUAGCAUACAAAAACGUGAUCGGAGCACGGCGAGCCUCGUGGCGAAUCAUUUCCUCUAUCGAGCAAAAAGAAGAGAGCCGAGGCAACGAAGAUCAUGUGACCUCUAUUAAAACUUACAGAUCUAAGAUCGAGUCGGAGUUGACCUCGAUCUGUAACGGUAUCCUCAAGCUGCUCGAUUCAAAUCUCAUCCGCGCUGCGUCAACCGGAGAUUCUAAGGUGUUUUAUUUGAAAAUGAAAGGAGAUUAUCACCGGUAUUUGGCUGAGUUUAAGACCGGAGCUGAGAGAAAGGAAGCUGCUGAGAAUACUCUUUCAUCUUACAAGUCCGCUCAGGAUAUUGCAAAUGCGGAACUGGCACCUACACAUCCUAUUCGAUUGGGGCUUGCUCUCAAUUUCUCUGUAUUUUAUUAUGAGAUAUUGAAUUCUCCUGAUCGUGCCUGUAAUCUUGCCAAACAGGCCUUUGAUGAGGCGAUCGCUGAGCUGGACACAUUGGGGGAGGAGUCCUACAAGGAUAGCACGUUGAUAAUGCAGCUUCUUCGCGAUAAUCUGACUUUGUGGACCUCGGACAUGCAGGACGAGGGAACAGAAGAGAUGAAAGAAGUAGCAAAACCUGAUAAUGAGGAGCACUAAAAGUGGUGAAAAUCUUUAAUUCAGGAUUUGAAUGCCAUGUUAAACUUUGCUCAUUGGUUUAAUUAAGCUCUUUGCAGUUCUAACUCCCCUAUGAUUUGUGAGACCUAAAAAUUGUAAGUUGUUGUUCAUUAAAGAAAGGUCCAGCUCUGUGCAUGUCUGGCGUUUUGUUUGUAUGGAGAUGAAUAUGGGGAAGUAGGACGCUUUCACUUGCGUUCAGUUCUGAUAUAGGAUUUCAACUUGUUUGCUUUGGGUCAUGAGUUCAAAUAUCAUUAUUUAUCUCUGCAGCUCUCCUGUAUUUGGAUGCUUCUUUUUCCUGAUUGGAAUGAUCAAUUGAGCAUUUGUUCUCCAUUUAAAUUUA